AAGAUGGGAGCUCACAAGAGCAUUCAUGCUGACAAAGCCAAGCUUGACAUUGGAGUUAAUUUCUUACAAAAGCUAUGUUGUUCUCAUACUCUCCCUUCCCUCAGUACUAUAUCUGCUGCUAGUCUCCUUUCUCUGGCUACCGGCAGAUUCUGUGUGAAGCACAAUAACCUACUGGGCAGAAGCGAAAUGCUUGACAUGUCGUGGCACAUGGGCCUGCAUGAUUCAAACCUCCUGAUAGCAUUUAAGAGGCCUCUUCCCAUAUAUGUUGGCCAGCCUUGUUUGACCCUUAAGCAUGAAAUGUCGCCGGAAGUGCGGAUUCACGGCGUUCCCAAGCACAAAUUUUCUCAUUCUGCAAGUGGAAAUGUCAGGUCCUCCACGUUGUCCGUAGGCUUUCACUACAUGGAUGAAUCUUCUUCGACCUCUGAUUGGAGCAAUACAACCAGCGUUAAUUUUAAGCAUAUCCAUUUCACGAAUGAUGGUGGCCGUUCUAUUAGCAAGGACCUAGAUGGUUUUCCUGUGUCCUUCAGUGGAGAUUCAUCGGACAACAUGAUAGUUAUCAAGCAAGAAUCUAAGUAUGAACGAAUAACCAAUGACCGAUUUUCUUAUUUGAGUUUACAAAUGGAACAAGGGAUUCCAUUCCAUACCAACUUGCUAACCUUCAAUCGGCUCAAAUUUGUUGCUUCAAGAGGACUCAAACUUGGGCCAGCAUUUUUCUCCACAAGAGUAACAGGUGGGUCAAUUGUGGGAUCCAUCGCUCCUCAUUUAGCAUUUGCAAUUGGAGGCCCUGAUAGUGUUCGAGGCUAUGGUGAAGGUGCAGUUGGUUCAGGACAAUCAUGUAUCGUUUCUAGGAAUGAACUGACUUUCCCAUGGAACAAAGGAUCAGAAGGAGUUGUUUUUCUGGACUGUGGAUCUGACUUGAGGAGUGGCCGCAGGGUUCCUGGAAAUCCAGGAAUGAGAAAGCGCAAGCCAGGGUCAGGAUUUGGCAUUGGAUGUGGCAUUAGGUUGAAAUAUAAGUUGGCUUACUUAACAGUCGAUUGUGUUAUGAAUGCCUAUCGACAGAGAAUGAUUUAUUUUGGAAUUAACAUGGCUUAAGGCAUGCCUGUUUUCUCAACCAUGUCGAACUCAAAGCUUUGCUUAAG